ACGGUAACGGUAACAACAGCUGCAGCGGUUACAAAUAGGGAAACGAGUCCAGGUCUCAGCAGCCAACAGUUAAUGCUUUCAGCUUACAGUAACGCAUUUGAUACUACUAUUAAAGGAGAAAAUGGCAUCUAGUUUACAGACGCAAAACGAGACGCAAAGCGGAGUUUACACGUUCUCCAGUCGCCCGCGCGCGGUUCCCAACCGACCCAAAUACAGACAAGACGCUCCGCCGCUAAAUGAAGAACAGAGCAGUUAUGGAAACAUCAUGUAUGAUCGACGCGUUGUCAGAGGAAACACAUAUGCUCAACAUAUUCUACCCAUUACAUCUCAGCCCGAUCCAGUCGAGUUCCUGAGACAGCAGGAGGCCAAAAAAAGAGCCUUGUCCAGAAAACGGCUGAAGGAGCAGUUUGGCCCAAAAACACCAGAACCACUAGAGGGCAGAAUGAACAUAGACGUGCAGACAGAGAUGUAUCUGGAAGAACUGAGCGAUCACAUAGAGGACGUCAGCGUGGAAUGCCAAACAGAUAUGUUCCUGGACAAACCAGCCACUCCUCUCUUCAUCCCAGCCAAAACUGGACGAGAUGCAGCCACACAAAUAGAAGAGGGAGAGCUGUUUGAUUUCGACGUGGAGGUCCAGCCUGUGCUGCAGGUGUUGGUGGGAAAGACCAUCGAGCAGGCUUUGCUGGAAGUUCUGGAGGAGGAGGAGCUGGCCAACCUGAGGGCCCAGCAGCAGGUGUUCAAAGAGAUCCGCGCCGCUGAGCUGGUGGAGGUGCAGAGGCUGGAGGAGAGGGAACGGCGCCUCCGUGUGGAGAAGGAAAACCGGAUAAAGCAGCAGAAGGCAGUGCUGGAAAAAGAAAAGGAGACCGCAGAUAAAAUAGCUGCGAGAGCAUUUGCUCAGCAGUAUUUGUCUGACUUGUUGCCCUCGGUUUAUUCCAAUCUAAAGGAUCGUGGCUACUUCUAUGACCCUGUGCAGAGAGAUAUAGAGACCGGAUUUCUCCCUUGGCUGAUGGAAGAAGUCACCAGUACUUUAGAACAGAGAUUUAUAGCAAGAACAGUGCUUGACGUGCUCAUUCAAGACGUCACUAACCAAAGACUUGAGGCCUUUCACACGAAAGAAUAAGAAAAGGUAACGAAAGCUCAUUCAGCUCAAAUCUGGAGGGAAAGUAUGAAGGAGUUCAUGCGGGAUAAACUUCUUCUUAUUAUAAAUGUAUUAUUCAUAUAUUAUUUGAAUAAAAAAUGUAAAAAAAAUUGUUUUGAACUGCACUUCAAGAACAACACUAGGGGGCGCUGCGGAGCGAAAACACUGACUUUCACUAAAACUCAAUCCUGGCCACUUUGUUGCUGUAAUGCAUUUGUAUUUUACGAAGAGCACGUGAAUGACUCUCGUUCAUAUUUAAAAUCUGUUUAACAUUUAUAGAAGUGGUACUAUAUAAUUUUGAGGACUGGCCUAUCGUGAGUAUAUUGAACACGAUGCUGUACUAAAUUGUAAAAAGAUGCUAUUAUUUUUUUACGACUCAAUAACUUCAUAAAAAAACACUUUUCAGCCUAUCUGUCUCUCGGUCCUCGACUAGACGCCGCGACGCGAUCUGAUCCACGGUUCUGCCUCGGCUUCCGUUCACCUCGCCUAUAUACGGCUCUAUUUUAGUCUUGCCUCUCGAUUGGUCGACUCCCACCUCUGACC